AUGCCCACGUCGGUACCCAGCGACGUCGUCUCCGAGAUACUCUCCUGGGCGCCGGUAAAGUCGGUGUGCCGGUUCCGGUGCGCGUCCAGGGGGUGGGGCGCGCUCAUCUCCGACCCCGCGUUCGUCGCGGCGCACAAGGCCCGCACGGAGCCGCAGCUCCUCAUCGUCGCCAACUCCUUCCAUGGCGUGGCCAGCGGAGGGCGCCGCGACCUGCGGCUGCUGGACACGGACGGCAGCGUCGUGAGGGUGGUCAAGUCCGCAGGUAACCUCUGGACCAUCAUCUCCGGCCCCCGCGGCCCCGUCUGCGCCACCCGCGUCGGCCGCGUCCUCAACGUGAUCAAUCUGGCCACCGGGGACGUGCUCAUAGAGAGGGCCCGGGUGCAGCUGUGCUAUUUUAUAUUUUCGGGCUACGCUGCCCCGUCGGACAAGUACAAGGUGGUCCGCCUCAUGGCCACUAUCAGUCAUGGUCAUCCGCUGGUGCACACCUGCUGGGUUCUCGCGUUGGAAGACGGCGCCAGAGGGUGGAGGCGGAUGCAAUCACCACCAAUUGCAAGCUAUUUCGGCCUCCACAAAAACUCUACGGUCACCAUAGAUGGUGUGCUCUACUUCCUUUACAGCUUGUUGCGUGGGGACUAUGUCCUCCGCCUUGACCUCGAGACCGAGCAAUGGAAGAGGUCCAUCAAAGCCCCAGAGAUGAGAUAUACAACGCCUCAUAUGGUCGAGCUCAACGGCACCCUUAACAUGGUUCACUCGGAGGGACGCGGGACCAAACAUGGUUGCACGAUCAUAUGGCUCCUGUCUGAUUUGGCCAAGGGCACCUGGGUCAAGGCGUACAUGAUCCCGAUGCCUGAAACAGUUGAUCUGGUGAUCCCUCUAAAGGUGAUGCGUCAUGGUGGAAAGCUAAUGUGCUAUUACAGCUAUUACUUACUUAGUGACAAAGCAACUCCGACGCUACAAGUCUAUGAUCUGCUCAAUGAAACAUGCACACACCUGGCAGAUCUUCCGGGGAACCAAUUGGCUGACGUUGGUUUUUGCGACCUGCACUUGGAAUGUCAUGUACGUCCCACCUAAGGUCUCACCGGCGGCUGCAACGGUUGAAUCGACUCUCAUUUGUGAGUGUUUUUGGACAAACCAAAUAAUGGGUUUGAUGUUUUCGUUGUCAGAUGCUUGGAACAACAUGAAGAUGCGAAGAGCAGAGCUCCAAAUGACAAUUUUCCAGGAAUUUUAUCUAGAUUUAUUUUUAGCAAUGGUCUUAGUUGUACUCUCUUUGUUUAAUUGAGUUAUAAAGAAAAAUAUCAACAAGAAA